AGAUGUUCAAGUUAUUUUAAACGAUGGAUGGAGACAGGGAAUCUCCGACCUCUUCACCAGCGCCAGGGGUUGCUGAAGAAAUGGAUGACGCUGAAGAAUCUGAUAUUACUGAUGGAAUAGACGAAGCUGAUGGACGGUUUGAUGAACUUGACGCUGCUGAAGCUCUCCCUGCUUCAAUUCAAGAAUAUGAUUACAGAUAUUCGGGAGAGAGAAGCACUGGUCCAUCCUUCUCCUUCAGUAGGUCACGGAGAUCAGGGUCUCCAGAUCUGGUAUCAGAGUCCCUCUCAUCAGGUUCAUCCUUUCAAUAUCUGGAGAGAGAUCCUGAACCUGUUUCUGCAUCUUUAUCCCCUUAUAGAUUGCGUAGAAGGUCCCCAGAAAGGGGAACAGUCUCUGCAUCCUAUGUUAACAUAAACGUGGAUUCACCAGAAGGAAUGGAGUGUGUAUCUGCCUCAUUGUCUGAACCAAGCUUAAGAUUCUCUGAAGAGAGAGAGGCAGUGGAAGAUUGUCCCUCUCCAGCCCCUUCUAACUCAGGGUUAGAUGUCACGUUUGAAAAUGGUCCUGUCCUUAGACAUCAACUUUCAACCUGCACCCCAUCCAGUUCUGGAUCAAUCUUAUCCGCAUCCCUUUCCAACCUUCAGGAACCACAGACAUCAGAUCUGGGAAUGGAUCCUAUAUUUCCUCUUGAUAGUGGAGAAUCUGCUUCUCCUUUCUCAUCUCAGGCCCCACCAGUUUCAUCAUGGCCUGGGAAUCAGGAUCUUCCAAUAUCGUCAAGUUGGGCUGAAAACACCUCAGAAUGGCCUGGAUCACAUUAUGGGCGAAGAGCAGAUCAUUCGCAGAACAAACAAGAGGAAAGUCAAUCUCUGUUUAGGAAUGGAGUUGGUCAGUCUCAGUUAAGAAGUGGAAGUAGCCAAUCACAGUUCAGAAAUGGAGUGAACAAAUCACUGCAAAGGAAUAGUGCAGAGCAAUCUCAAUAUAGAAAUGGAGUGGAACAACAGCAAUAUAGAAAUCAAGAGGAUCAAUCACAAUUUAGUGCAGACCAAUCAAACUACAGAAAUGAAAUGAACCAAUCACAGUACAGAAAUGAAAUGAACCAAUCAAACUACAGAAAUGGGAUAGACCAGUACAGAACUACUACAUCAGGAUGGAACUCAGUUACAGAUUGGGAAACAUUGCCAGGAACUUCAGGAGCCGCUUCAAUAUCUUUGCGAUAUGGAGCAGAAGCAGCACCUGUAGUAGCUUCUAGAUCUAGACCUGUAGGAGCAGGAAGAGUUGAAGGUUGGGAAACAGCAGGAAGUACUAGUUCUAGAAAUAGCUUUAAUCCUUCUGAAGCAGGACCUUCAAUCAAUAGAUCUUCUGGUGGUGCCCACAUUUUGAACACAAACUCAUCUAGCAGAGGAGCCAGUGGUUCAGUAAAUUCAAAACCUGUAAUGGUUUCCAGCAUGAAGGUUUUAGACACUGUACGGUCUGCUCUUGGUCUACCAGGACAAGUUAACUACUCCAGAAGUUUACCUCAGCAAACUUGCUCUAUUUCAUCUGCUUCAGAUUCCUUGUUAUAUCAACAAUCUGAUGCAGGAGAAUCAAAUCACUUAUUUUCAUCCCUUACUUUCUCCAGGAUGAGUAGCAGGAUUGGAAGUAGUGAGAUAUCUCAGUAUUCGCCUGGAUUUGGUUCAAUGAAUAAUGAACCAGCCCAAACAGGUGGAUCUGUUUAUGGAUCUGGAGUUGAGAAUAUAGAUUCAAGAUUGGGUGAAAGAGGAAGACAUGAAGGAGCAGCUGGAUCUGUAGAGGAUCUCGGAGGUGUAAGAGGAUAUGUUGAGAGUCAAGGAGGUUCUGAUAGAAAUCAUGUAAGUGGAAGUCAAGCAGGAGCUUCAGGGAGUCAAAGAGUAGCAGGUGGAAGUUCUGUCCAGGCUAGUGGAGGUCUAGUCAUAUCAGAUUUAAGUAGAAAUGAGUGUUAUGGAGAAUUGGGAGGAGCUAGUGGAAGUCAAAUGUGUGCUAGUGAAAAAGGCGAGGAUGGCGAGCAACAACCUGGUCCCAAUUCAAGUGUGGCAGGCUCAAGUCGAAAGAAUUCUCCUUCCACAACCUCUAACUCCUCAAGAGCAUCAGCUAGAUCAACUGUUACUACAAGAUCAACACCAGCCAAAAGAUCAAUAAAUUUCCCGGAUUCCCCAGCUCCGGAGCCUAAACGAUCAAGGCUGAUGCAGGAACAGGUUAGACCGGAUUCUCCCAGUGUUAACCCAGAUUCUCAUCCCUCCAGGGAUGAGGGAGAGGCAGGAGGCAGUGGUAUUAAUCUGGAUGUUCCUGAUGAUGACAGGUGUCUAGGAGGUGCUGAUGGGAACUCUAUUGAUGGUGGUGGUGGUGGGGCUAGAGAAGAGUUAACUGGAGUGAAUAGUAGUGAACCUGCUGCCUCCUAUUCUUCACAUUUAUGGCGGAGUCUGGAUAGAUUUGCAGAAACUGAACCAGGUCCAAGUGAAGCAAGAUCUGUCUCAAGUCCUAGCAGUGAAUCUCGAGGAACCAGAUCUAAAGCUGACCCUGCCUCCAGGCCAGGUCAUAGUAGUGGCCCCAGCUCAAUACAGGACCAGGGACCUAGUCCCAGUAAUGAUUAUGGACCAAGUCCGAGUAAUGAGCUUGGUCCAAGUCCAAGCAGUGAACUGGGACCAAGUCCAGGGGAUCGGAGCAGGGUUGGUAGUACAGAUUCAAUAGUUGCAAGUCCAAGGUAUGAGGAGGACUGGGACGGACCUAAUCUUGUCUCUGGGUCAGAACUCAGCUCAGGACAAAGUAAUCCUAUCUCACGAAGAACAUAUUCAGAAUCAAGUGAGGCCGAGGGUACUGUUACCUAUAAUAGAGACGCGUACAUGUUGCCGUUACAUCUUCAUAUAUCUAAUCCAGAGGAGGGAGGUCAUCAUGAUUCUGGAAGCGAGGUUAGUGAGUCUGGACCAGGUGAGGUUGGACCUGGACCUAGUCAAGCUCGCCACCAUCAACCUCAACCUCCUUCACCCUCGGAGAGUGAUGCUAGUGUUCCGGAAUCCAGUCAAUACAGGGAGCUUGAUACGAGUCCUCCAAACUCCCCGUCUGGAAGUGAACUUGACGAACCCGGACCUAGCUUCAGUCCUCUUCACGUCUCACGCUCCCGUCCUGCUCUUCCUGGUUCAAACUUCAACAAUCCGGCCUCCAGCUACCCGGCCUCGAGCCAUCCGGCCUCUAGUUUUAGCAAUCCGGCCUCGAGAUAUCAUAAUCCUGGGCCUAGUUACUACUCAAGGUGGGUUCAAAGAGCAGAGUUUGGUAGAGAAGCUGCACCUGCUCAUAGAGCACCUUCCCCUGAACCUUACAGGUAUAGAUCCCGAAAUCAUUACUCUGAUCAGUGCCUGAUCAGUUCCUCCACGGGACCCUCCGAUUCUAAUCCUACGACGCCUCCGACCCCGGAGUAUAUCCAGUCUAGGGAUAUAGAUAAUGAUAUAUCCUCUUCCCCUCGUCAUAUUCAACACAGAAACUAUAGAAUGGACGAGGACAAUGUAGUCGACAGUACAGUUGACAGUACAAGCGGAACUUUUAUGAUUCCUUCCCCUGUAUUCCAGGGAAAUGAGGCUGAACAUGACGGAGACAGUGAUUCUGAUAUGAAUGAUUCUGAAUCUAUUGCUGGCAGUGAGGCCAGCAGUACAACAGCCAGCCUCAGUGAGCACACUUAUAACAUGCCGGGCUUGGACGAUAACGAGGGAAUCUCUACCAGUGGACAGGUGGAUAACGGAACGUUCCGUCUUGUUCCGAAUGACUAUGAGGUUGAGGGUAGAGAGGGUAGAGUAGGGGAUACGGUUCCGGAUAUUCAAGGAAGUAUAUCCUCCGAUGACGGAAUAGAAUCCCUGGGUCAGUGCAGUGACCAGGAAACUAACCCCAACACCUUCAAGAGACCCUUCAACAGAAAGGGCAGGCUUAUAGACAACUAUGAAAACGAACAUGAUCCUGUUCCUGGACCUUCAGGUUCUCCGGGUCCCUACUCAGGGUCCUCCCCUGGACCAUCCCCUUCUCCCUCUAGCAGAAGCUCAAGUUUAGACAAGAUACCUGUCUACACACAGGGAUCAUUAUCUUUAUCCUUGGUUAGCUCCGGGUCUGAUUCAUCAAUAUCUCCGCCGUCAGCACUUGGCUCCGCCAGGCCCAGUGUUUCCCUGUUCCCAGUAAAGUCUAGUUCUAAGGGAGGGCGGAGUGAAGGCGGAGCUCGUAGUUUAGAAGAUGAUAUUGCAGGGAGGAGCUAUGCUAGCUUAGGAAUAGGUCUAGCAUUUUCUGGUCUUCCAAGUAGUCUUGUGGUUAACAAUCAUACAGAAAAUAAACCUGAGAAACAGAUUUCUGGACCUCUCUCAAAGCGUCUUCGGACCCGGCACAUGCAGGAGGUUGCCAACCAGGGUAAAGACGAGGAGGUUGAUAUACAACUUGUUGAGAAGGUUGAACCCAAACCUGAACCAAACCUUGAAUCCCGUCCUUCUGUAUCUGUGAUACCCAUCCCCAGUCAAGAACCUGAGCCUGGACGGUCAGGUCGGGAUAUUAUACCUGUCAGGCCUUCUGAGAACCUUGAGGAGGUGAUUAUCCUUAACCCUAGUCCUGCUCAGGGUACACAGGAGGAAGGAGAACGGCAGGGUGAUAACCAGGAACGGCGUGGAGAGAAUCAACUUUUGCUCGGAGGAACUCAGCAAAGCUUCAAUUUAAUUAUCCAAUCCAACAACAUCCCUUUAGCCGAACUUAAACCGAAAAAACUUUUACAGAAGAAGUCUGCCAUGGAGCUUAGAGAGUUGUUUGAUUUGGAUUCUCUGAAAAAUGAUGCCUCUGAUCUUCCUUUAAGUAUCACAGAUGCUAUCAACGAUGUUGAAAUAGGCGGGGAGGAGAAUCUAAUGUUUAAUAGUGACUCAAAGUUAAUAAGAUAUGAUUCUAGAAUCAGCCAAGAACAGACAAUGUUUACGAAUGGUGGUAAAGGAUUUGAUAAUGUUGUAACUAAUCAAUCUAGUACUAUUAUGCAUGACAAGCCAAGUGCUAAGAUUUCAUCAGAUUCAGAGCCUGCCCCAAUCCAAGCAAUCCUCUCAACAAACAAAUCAUUCCUGUUUAACAGUCAACAAGUUGCAUUGUCCAACAAACCAUCUUCUUCGUCAAGCCAAGUUACUAGACGGGAAAAUCAACCAAUGUACUCUACCAGUCAAUCGUUUGCCCCAUCAACACUCUCCAGUUCAUCUUUGAUGUCUACAAGUCAGUUUGUCACAUCUUUAACAGAAGAAACACCAUCUACUCCUGGAUCCUCUUCUAGUUGUGACCAUGCUGACAGUGACCUGCCAAUAAGAUCCGAGCAUACUGACAGAAAUCCAAAAGAGCAGUCAACUAUUGGCAAACAUAUUGAUUGCACGUCAUAUGAUAGGCCACAUAGAGUCAAGCACGUUAACAACUUUCCAUUUGUUGAUCCGAUUAAAUGUGAAGAUGUUGACAGUAGGCAAUACAAUGAGCCAGUCAGAGGUGAGUCAAUUAAAGGCGGUCAGGUUGAUAGUAGCCCAUAUAGUCCGACAAUAAGAGGAGUCAAUGAGGAUUGUGAACAGUAUUAUGAGUCAAACAAAGGUGAGCAAUGCAUGUUAGAGGAAAGUGUAGUUGAUGAAAAUGAUGAGACAGAAAAAAAUUUUACAAUACAAUCUGGGGAAGGGCUUAUCACUCCUCCUGACUCUCGGAUGCAAUCCAGAGAAUACGAUACCAUCCCACCUUUGUUGCGGAUAAACUCCGGAGAAGAGCUUAUCACCCCGGCUAUGUCCUGGAUACAAUCUGGAGAUGAGCUUAAAACCCCUUCUGUGUCUCGGAUACAAUCUGGAGAAGAGCAUAAUACACCUGAUCCUGAACCUCAACUCCACCAUGACCCUCAACCUGGUCCUAGCUCCUACAGAGAUCACAGUGCAGAAGAAUCUUGUUAUCAAACCAGAGCUAAAUCUUCCAAAUCUUCAAAAUGUCUUGUAAAAACUGACACUGAAGAGUCGGCCGUUAACGGGAUACAACUGUUAGUUGCUCUCUCAUAUUCUUGUCACAUCUGCGACAGAAAGUUUGAGCGGCAGUGCUCUCUAUCCAGACAUUUGACCUUGCAUCAGUGUGACAAGAAGUUUAAAUGUGAUGAAUGUGGGCAGAAAUUUUCCCACACUUAUAACCUUGAACGACAUAAGAAUAGAGCUCAUAAUCAGGAUCCUACAGGAGCUAGUGUCAGAUGUACAAAUUGUGGAUUAUGGUUCUCAAAUAGGAUGGUUCUAAAGGUUCACAUGUUCUCCCAUAACCCUGAGAAGGAUCAGCAAAAUUGGACUGUACAGGACGCCAUAGCACAAAGCAGCCAAAAGAAUGGUGAUGAGAGGGUUGAAGAGAUGAAGUUUGAAUGUCCCUGCUCCGGGUGUGGUUUACAGUACGACACCUGGCUGGAGUUGGUGGAACACACCCAGGAGCACGGAGCUCAAACAGUACCUGGAGAUACUUCAACUCAACGCACAGGGUCCCAUAAAUGUGAGCUCUGCUGGAAAAUAUUUGCAACAGAAGAGCGAUUAAAGAAGCACAUGAGAUGCCACAUGAAGGAUGAAAGAAAGCCCCUGGAGUGCCCAACAUGUGGGAAACGUUUUAUCAACAAUAGUGCUCUAGGCGGUCACGUAAAGAUCCACGCUGCUCCAAACCAAAUGUAUGACUGUCCUCUGUGUGGUGUAGAAUUCGAGCAUAUAUCAAGUCUCAAAGAUCAUGUUCCUUCUCAUAAGGUAAACAAUAAGUUUACUUGUCCAACCUGUAACAAGGUGUUUGAUGAAUAUCAAGCUGUGAGGAAACAUAUUCGGGCUUUUCAUUCACAAAUAAGGUACACUUGUGAUAUCUGUAGAAGGGAGAUAAUGGGUAAGACCAAAUAUGAUCAGCAUCUACGCACUCACUCCUCAGUAAAGGACUUCUCCUGUACUACAUGUGAUAAACAGUUCAAGAGGAAAGACAAGCUGAGUGCACACAUGAAGAAGCAGCAUCCUGUAAGUGAACGAGGAGAUGUACUGCAUGAACCCGGAAGUGUACUGCACUCUACUCCGGCUCAUCCUUCUCUUGCAGUACAGGGUUCAGGUCUACCCGGUACUUCGGGCCCGGCUCGACCUCAUGUACCGGUACAGGCCGGCCCAUCAUCCAAGGUUGAGCCCACGGACCUGGAUAAGUUCUUGUAUAAAUGUGAGAUCUGCCAACUCGGGUUCAAACGACGAGGAAUGUUGGUCAAUCAUCUUGCUAAAAGACACCCUGAUAUCCCUGUGUACAAGUCUAAUAGUAAGAGGAAGGUACAUAUACAGAAAAAUCAUCCAGGAGAGGCACUUCCGGCCAGUACCAGGGAGGUAGGUGGUGAGGAGGGUAAUGAGGAAAGAACAUAUUCCCUUGCUGUUGGUAGUAUCACUUCCAAACCUCAUAAUUGUCAGUUCUGUCAUAAACAGUACGCGAGCAAGCCUAAACUGUACCAACAUCAGCGGAAUGUUCACUCUCAACCUAUUCAGUUCAAACAAGACAAUACAGCCAGUACCAGCAAAGUACACAACAAGGUGUCGUCUGAGCCUAGCCUGGUAAGCCUAGAAGAUUCAAACUCUUUCGACGUCGAAGGAAGACUUCUAGUCGAUCAACGGAGUCAAGACGGAGAAGAUCAUUUCUCACCUACUCCAGGACCUUCUAGACCUAGACCUGGACCCGGAGAUGGUUCAAGGAUACUUUAUAGUCCUACUCCGGGUUUCAGAUCUAAUAGGAUAGACAGUUUAGGCUCCAGUAAUGGAGCUUCAGCCAAUUCUCUGGAGGAGUUAACUCCGAUAAGAGAAAUCAACUUCAACCCGGAGUCAAGGUUAGACAACUAUGAGAACUCUCCGCUUCUCAACUCUCUCCCAGAGAACUUGAACCUGUCGGAGGACAAGUCCCCCGGAGAAGGUUGGAUGCUGGCUGACUCCGGGUCUGGAGAACAUCUGUUACGAUCUAAUAGAGCUGGAGGAACUAGGGAUGUGAUUUUCUCUUCUUCAGAGUCCAGGGACCAACAAUAUCUGCUUAUUCAGGGAGCGGACGGUCAAUUGUUUAUACAAGGCGGAGAGGAGGGUGGUCAUAUUCUCCAUCCUGCUGAACUUGAAGGAGGUCAUAUUCUUCAUCAUUCUCAACUCGGUUGUCACGCCCUUCAUCCUUCGGAACUUCAAGAAGGUCAAGUCCUACACCAUUCUGAACUUCAUGGAGGUCAAGUUCUUAAUCAUGCUGAAGUUCAAGAAGGCCAAGACCUUCAUCAGGCUGAAUUACAAGGAGGUCAAGUCUUACACGAUUCUGAGCUUCAAGGAGGUCCGGAUCUUCACCAUGCUCGACUUUCAGGUGGUCAGAUUCUACGGCAUGCUGAAACACAAGGAGGUCAAGAUGAAGGUGACUUACAACUACACCAACUACAAGAUGGACAUAUUCUGCAUGAAGUAGAUGUUGAGAGUGUUGACCACCAACUCCAGGAAGCUGAAGAGACUGAAGGUAGAAAAGAUGAUUUGGGGAAGCUUUUUGUUUGAACUUCAUUGGAAAAGUAUGUAAAAUAUACUAAGUAGAAAGCUCAACCACCCUAAAAAGACCACACGCAGCCCUUAAUCCUUGUUUUUUGCUAGUUCUUAUAAUUCCUUCUAAUUUUGGCGAAUUUAUUGUUUCUAAUUAUAAGUUACCAAGGUUAUCUGAACCAUUUAUAUUUAAUGUUUAUUACAAAUACAAUUUAUUUGCACACAAUGAA